UAAACACUUGGGAUAUGUAGAUAAGAGUAGAGCAACACAUAUUUUUAUAUUUGCUUCUGGGAACACAUUCGGAAAAGUAAUUCAGCUACAACAGAGAUGAGCAGGCAUAUCCAUUUAAAAAGUGCACUAGUAUUCAUUUACAUACUUGUGCACUUGCAGUGGAGCUGCACUGUAGAUAUAUGUCUACCAGAUGAAGACUGCAAAAAUAAAGACGUGUAUGACAAAACUGUGACAGCAAUACCCGAAAAAUUUAAAGAUGGAGCCAAUGAAAUAUUUUUUGUAAACAGUCAGAUUCCUGUCAUACCGAAAGGAGCUCUUUCUAAAAACCCUCAAAUAAAGAAAAUCGAAUUUCUCGGUACUUCAACUACAUCCGUAGAGGUCGGAGCCUUUGAGGGUUUGCCUGAUAUCACAAUCAUCGAGAUAUCUGGCACAAAUGUGACAUCAUUACCUGUGGGUGUUUUUAAGGAUCUCGGAAACCUUGAAAAACUUGUUCUAAAAAAUAACAGAAUUCAUAGCCUUAAAAAUUGCUUAUUUGAUUAUUUAAAAAAGCUUCAAGAACUAAGUCUACAUGUGAAUGAGAUUAGCUCUAUUGAGGAGGGGACAUUUGACAGUUUAGAUAAUCUCAAACUUCUUCAUCUUGCAAGAAACAACCUUACGUCUGUAUCAACAUCUCUUUUUUCCAAACUUAAGAACUUGCGAAUUUUCAGGCUUUAUGAGAACCAGCUGACCUCUAUGCCUGAUGGGAUUUUUGAGAAUCUCCCUGAUCUGACAGAGAUAGCCUUGCAAGGCAACAGAAUCUCAUUUAUAAAAUCUGAUUUGUUUCCACACAAAAGUAAAUUAUCCAAACUAUUUUUGGACCACAAUCUUUUGACUGAACUGCAGCAAGAUCUUUUUGUUGGUUUCUCUUCAUUAAAGACUCUAACUCUGCAUAACAAUCAACUCAUACGUCUUCCCACUGUCCUUUUUGGAGAAAUGUCUAAAAUGACUGAACUGAGUCUAAGCCAUAACAAUCUCACUGACUUACCACAAGGAGUUUUCAGCCCACUUAAGAAGCUCAAGAAGUUAGACCUUUCAUCAAACCAGUUUUCAAUGAUAUCUGGAGACUUUUUUGAAGGUCUUGAGAAACUGAUUGAACUGAAUCUUCAAAAUAACAAUUUAAAGUCAUUACAACAAAAGAACUUUGAAAAACUUCAGUCUCUUUCAACACUUAAACUGGGAAAUAAUCAACUACAAAGCCUCCCUGGAGACGUUUUGGAUGCUCUUCCAAAACUCAAUAAACUAUACCUUUACAAGAACCCAUGGCAGUGUGACUGUAACCUUUUGCCAUUCUUUAAAUGGAUAAAGAACAAUGAAGACAAGAUUAAAUCAAAACCUUCUGAUGUCUGUGAGUCCCCAAAAGACCUGGAAAAUCAAUCAAUAUCCUCUUUAACAGAACAGCAAUUAAUAUGCCUCACAACUUUACCAACUACCACCACUGUCCUUACAAGUACUGUUCCCAUGACCACACUGCACACCACAGGUGUCUCAACAAUAAAGUUAACCUCGACAACAGCAGCGCCUACAACAACUACUGCUUUACAAACAACAACCACACCUACUCCAACAACAAUUCCAGUAACAACUCAAACAACUACAACAACACAGGCAACCACACAAGUCAUGACCACAACACCAACUACUCAACUCACAACUUUGCUUCCAACCACAACCGCUACAACUACAGCUCUGAGGACUACAUCAGUCCCCACCACGGUAUCAACAACUACGCUUCAACCAACAACUGCCCCCUUGACAACUACAUCAGUUCUCACCACCACAUCUAUAACCACAGUACCACCAACAACUGCCCAUAUGACAACUAUACCAGAGCACGCCACCACAUUUAUAACCACAGUACCACCAACAACUGCCCAUCUGACAACUACACCAGAGCUCGCCACCACAAUUAUAACCACAGUACCACCAACAACUGCCCAUCUGACAACUACACCAGAGCUCGCCACCACAAUUAUAACCACAGUACCACCAACAACUGCCCAUCUGACAACUACACCAGAGCACGCCACCACAUUUAUAACCACAGUACCACCAACAACUGCCCAUCUGACAACUACACCAGAGCUCGCCACCACAUUUAUAACCACAGUGCCACCAACAACUGCCCAUUUGAUGACUACAUUGAUUCCCACCACAUCAACAUCGACAGUUCAAACAACAAUUCCAACAACUUCAGCAACUACAACUAUAUUAAUCCCCACCACUAUUACAAGUCAAAAAACAACAGCCAGCAGUUUACCACCCAGCACGACUACAAGGACAACAGAAACUUUUCUCACCACGCAUAGCAGUUUCAUCUGUACUGGCUCUCCUCAACCUACUCUCUCAAGACCUACUCCCACCCACAAGUACUCAUCAUGCGAGGAACGGAUGAUAUAUUACACUACAAUGCUGCUGGUGGAAAUCUGCUGUACUGUGGUGCUGGCCAAAUUAUCUUAUUCACUAUACUGUUCUCUGGAGCAAAGAGAGAGACUGCACACCCAGGUCAACCUGACUCACUUCUCCUAUACUAAGUCCAUUAUACUCAGACCAGUCGACGAGACAGAGACUAUUGCUCUGUGAUUUUUUU